AUGGAAGAAGAAAACAAGAUAAAUAAUAUGGCGAGCAACAGAAAAAUAAGCCAAAAGGUUGACGCCUUUGAUAACAACAUAACGCACCGAGGCAACGUGCCGACCUCCUUGGUCAAGAAGGGAAAGAAACACCCUGUGGGGCCCAUACUUCUCGUAAUUUUCAUUUUUGUCGUUAUUGGAUCGGUUAUUAUCCAAAUGUUGAGCAUGAUACAAAAGUCGAAAGUGUUUGACUGA